AUGUUGAAGCUUUGCUUGAACUUUACCUUCUUUGGGCUGAUGCUCACCUCGGUGAAUGCCGCUCCUCCCACUUCGCAACUCAAUGACAUUGGUGAAGCUCUUCGACCUCAGGAUUCUAUCUCAACAGAACUGACGCUCGGUCUGCCGCAGUAUUCCGGAAUGCUAACUACUGGUCACGCUUCACUCCCAGUCCCGUUUGAGAUCGGUCAACAUUCUUCAUUCGGCCGAGGGGAUCCAGACGGUAGUUCGCAGUUACCUGCGGCUUUUGAAGACGUUCCGUACCGAAUCUCGAUCCCUGAGGAGCCCCCCUCUGUACGGCAGCACUUCCUUGGUCCUGGAACAGGUCACCUUCAGCAAAAUCUUCACAUCCGAGUCCCCGUCACACCAGGCCUGGAUGCUUCUCUAGAGACUUCUCUCAUGCAGCAAUUUCCUCAAGGGAAGUACUUGGUGCUUCCGUGGCAAACACAAUACGUGCCCUCUUUCUGGUUUGAAUAUUUUUAUAAAGAUGCCAUCACGAAGGUGGCAUCGCCCAAAUGGGCUCAACGCUUCUUCGAGGAGCAUGUUCGAACGGAUCAGCAAAUCAGCAUCAAUGAGAUGCUCGUCCGGGUAGGCGGGAUCUUGCAAGGAGGGUUCGUCUAUAAGCUCAAGCUGCCGCAAUAUUUCUCACCUUUGGUCGAUCCAGGAGAAGUGCUAAUUUGUUAUCACGACAAGCUGAAGCCAGGAAGCGGACCGAGGCUUAGGUCGCAAAUGUCGGCAUGGAGCACCACCAAUAACGGAAACUUCCUUGCGUUUCUAGGUCUGUUCCACAGCACUGCCCAAUUUUUCUACAAUCUUGUGGAGAGGGCCUCUGCAGAGCCGCUGAUGAUCUCGGAGCCAAUUUUUGUAGACGGCAGGGAAAGGCUAUUUCUCUACUCUCCAUGA